GCUCGCUGGGUCGGAAAAAAUUUUAGCGAUUUCAAUCGGGACGAUCGUCAUCGUCAUCAUGAGCGCCGCCGGCGUUGGCGCGAGCAAUAAUAGUGGGGGAAUAUGCUAUUAUCAGAAGCGUGAAAAACCACGUUGCAAGCGAUAAGGUAUAACAACACAGCUCAUUGCAUGUAAAUGACCGAUCGCAUUGUUUUUAGUAUAAAUAUCUGUCAAUUCUGCAACAGAAAUCAUAACGAGUUCGGCAUACAAACGAACAAAAUGUUCUCUGCUGUGUCGGCACUGCUCCUCGUGGCUACGGCCGCAAAUGCUGCCUCUGUCAAGCAAGUGUCAGUCUCACCCAAUGGUCGUAUUCACGGCGGUGAGGAGGUCGUCAUUGAAAGCUACCCGUACCAAGUAUCCUUACAGUACGGAUCGCAACACAUCUGUGGAGGCUCAAUCAUCGACAAGGAAUGGAUCUUGACUGCUGGACACUGCGUUGACAUGCCCGCCUAUAUGAUGUCAAUUCGUACUGGUACAUCUGAAAAAGAAGUAGGUGGCACCGUCCAUCGCGUUGAAAAGAUCAUCCGUCACCCUAAAUAUAGACUCGACAAUAGAGGCGUCCCAUGGGACGAUAUUGCCCUGAUCAAGCUCAGCAAGCCAAUGAUGUUCAACGACCAGCAAGAUAAGAUUGACCUCUACGAGAAGUUCGAAAAGAGCCAAGUAGGCGUCAAUGCAUCCGUUAGUGGCUGGGGUGCAACCGAGCAUGGUUUUCCUAGCAGGCUCCGAGCCGUAUCCAUCCCAAUCAUAGACACCGCCCAGUGCGAAUCGCUCUACCAUAGCUUUGGCGGUAUUCCCUACAAGCAGAUCUGCGCUCUCUACUACGGCGGUGGCAAGGACUCUUGCCAGGGUGACUCUGGCGGCCCACUCGCCAUUGCUUAUCGUCUUGCCGGUGUUGUCUCUUGGGGCAAUGGUUGCGCUCUUCCUGAAUACCCUGGUGCCUACACAGAGGUUGCAGCCUAUCGCGACUGGAUCGAUGAGAACAUGAGGAAAAAUUAAGUUGGAGUGAAUCUACAUAGUUCUCAUUAUUUAGAAUCUUUCCGUCAACGUGAUUUUUGUACCAAUAGUAUAAGUAUCAUAUUUCUGUCAUGAAAAUGUUUAUCACCACAAUUGUGCACAAAACCGACUGCGAAAACUUUCGACUUUUUAUAUGUACUUAAGUAAAUUAAAUGUAAAUAACUUAACUGCA